CGCCUGUCAUUUGUUAAGCACUCGUGAAACAGACUAGUACCCCCAAAAUUCAUUCUCCCGCCGUAGCCCUAAUUUACACAACCACCAUUCUCAGGCGACCCGUCAAACCCAGGAGGCUACGCCGCCGUCUACUGCACACCAACGGAGGUCGGAAGCCUCUCACCCACGGGCAUUCUUGAGACUCGCCGAUUCUCGGCCCCGAUCCGCGCUAAGGCCUACACCGACGAACUCGUCCAAACCGCAGUGAGUGGAGGAAAAACAAAAUGUUUCUCAAAGUAAAGUUGCCCUGGAAUGUCACAAUCCCUGCUGAAAACCUGGAUGCAGAAGGAUUGAUGCUUCAAACAUCAAUCGUUAUUCGCCUGUUGGGUGACUUUGCUGCCAGAAAGGCUUCUAAGGAUCUUGGAUAUUAUCUUGCUGUCACAACUCUGGAGAGCAUAGGAGAGGGGAGAGUCAAACAGCUAACGGGAGAUGUUAUCUUCCCAGUUGUGUUUAGCGCCCUCACAUUCAAUCUGUACAGAGGAGAGAUUGCAGAGGGGGUUGUCCACAGGGUACUCAAGCUCGGGGUCUUUUUGAGAUGUGGGCCAAUCGAAAAAAUUUAUCUUGCUCAUUUGAAAAUGCCAGGUUACUGCUUCGAGGGUGGGGAGAGUCCAUUGUUCCGGGACAAGCAGUCGAAGAUCGAAAAUAAUGUCGUCGUCCGUUUCAUUGUGAUUGGAACAAUGUGGAUGGAGGCAGAAAGGGAAUUUCAAGCACUGGCCAGUUUGGAGGGUGAUUAUCUAGGACCAAUUUCGUAGUGCUAGGAUUAUUCAGCAAUCUUAAGGCAUUAAGACUUACUGCUGAAUACAAUGAGAGCUCCUACGAAGUCCGCCCUCCCUCAAAGCCCAAGCUGAUUCCAAGAAAGAAAUAUGCCUUCAAGAACAAAGCCUCCAAGAGAGAGAAAAGGUUGCACAUCCAUGACUGAUAUGGAUGGUGAUGCUUUUACUUGAGAAUAUCUAAAGUCGAGUGUUGUUGAAUAUCUAAGGGCACUCAAAUUUUGUGAUACAUUUUAUUGGGUAUCAUGUACUAAAUGAACGGUACUUUAAUUUCUUAAAAUUAGUGCAGUUUCAGAUUAAUUUC